AUGAGUGAAAAUUCUUAUUUGCAGCCAACAAAAGUUUCAAAAUUUAUUUACUCACCACAUUUUGGACUGGUUGGUCCUCGCGCCGAAGAAAACAACCGCAAGCACGUAUCGUGCCUAUUUCCGGAAUUAUUAACCCUAAUAUUUUCUUUUCUCGAUUUGUCUGACAAGGGAAAAGUUGGACAGGUUUGUACAUCUUGGCGAGACGCCGCAUACAAUAAGCAAGUUUGGAAAAAUGUUGAAGCAAAACUGCAUCUUCGCCAUGAGGUUCCGUCACUCAUUCCUAGUUUGGUGAGGAGGGGAAUUAAAAAAAUUCAAGUCCUGAGCCUCCGAAAAAAUAAAAAAAGUUUUUCCAAAGAAAGUUUAUCUUCGUUUGAAAGUAUAAAUCUCAGUGGGUGUUUCAAAUUAACAGAUGCUAAUUUCAGAUGCUUUUUAAACUAUGGAGAAUUACUGUCCUUAACUUCAUUAAACCUUAGCCUUUGUAAACAAAUUACCGACAACACGUUAACUACUGUAUCUAUUUAUUUGAAAAAUUUAGAAUUUUUAGACAUAGGUGGAUGUUCCAACAUUACUGGCAGUGGCAUUUACUCACUAUCAAGCUCUUUGAAGAACUUAAAGCAUCUGAAUUUAAGAAGUCUUAGAUAUUUAACAGAUGAAUGUAUAGAAUCUAUCACUGGGAAAGGCCAAUUAUCAAUUUCUGGCUUGGCUCAAUUAGAAAAACUUGUUUUACAUGAUUGUCAAAAGAUUUCUGACAGUGCACUUUUGACCAUUAGUUUAGGAUUGAAAAACCUCAAGUGUCUUAAUCUCAAUUUUUGCUUCAAUAUUACGGCAAUUGGUUUGAGUUAUAUUGCCAAGAUGACAGAACUGCAAGAGUUGUACUUACGUUUGUGCAUAAAUGUGGGUGAUCUAGGAAUAGGAUACUUAGCCUCUGGCAACAUGAAACUACACACAUUGGACAUAAGUUUCUGUGAGUAUGUUACUGACCAAUCUCUUGCCUACAUAUCUCAAGGCAUAUUUCACUUGAAAUCUCUUGGUUUGUCAGCAUGUGCCAUUUCAGAUGUUGGAAUAUCAUAUUUGGUGAAGACAGUCACCAAUUUGAAAGUUUUGUAUCUGGGACAGUGCAACAAAUUAACUGAUAAAAGUUUAGAUGUAAUUUCAAAACAGUUGAUCAACCUUGAAGUGAUUGAUUUGUAUGGCUGUACAAAAAUAAAAAGAAAAGCUGUUGAAACUUUGUCAUCGAUGCCUAGAUUGAAGCAAAUUAAAAUGGAUAUAUGA